CUGCUGCUUGUACAUGUAGGAUCAUAUUGGGUUGAUGCACCACUUGGGAGAAGCUGAUCUUGGUCCAAAGAGUGCACUGAGAUGACUCCCGCUCGAGAUCCUUUUUACAUUGUUAAGGAGGAAAUUCAGGGCUCGAUUGAUAAAUUGCAAGCUAGUUUUCGCCAAUGGGAACAGACAUCUUUAGAUAUUGGAGAGCGUGUACGUCUAACCAAAGAGCUCCUUGCCAGCUGUGAAAGCCUUGAUUGGCAGGUUGAUGAGUUAGACAAGGCAAUUGCCGUUGCUGCAAAGGAUCCAGCUCGAUAUAGUCUUGAUGAAACUGAACUUGGAAAACGUAGGAAAUGGACUAGCAUUGCUCGUAAGCAGGUGGGUACCAUCAGAAGAACUUUAGAAGAAUCUGGAGUUAAGGGCAGUUCAGUCACUCCUAGUCUAAAUGGUGUUCGCCAAGAGCUGAUGAGGCUUCCAAAUGAUUAUGCGUCCAAGACAGGGAGAUCGGGUUACAACACAUCACAAGAUGAUGAUGAUUUCAUCUCUUCAGAAUCAGAUAGGCAGCUACUUCUUAUAAAGCAACAGGAUGAGGAGCUGGAUGAGCUUAGUGCUAGUGUUGAGAGAAUAGGUGGCAUAGGGCUUACUAUACAUGAUGAAUUAGUUGGGCAGGAAAGGAUUCUGGGUGACUUAAGUUUGGAGAUGGAUACUACUUCAAACCGGCUGGAUUUUGUUCAGAAAAAGGUCGCUGUGGUGAUGAAGAAGGCCGGCGCAAAGGGCCAAAUCAUGAUGAUAGGGUUCUUGAUCGUGCUCUUCAUAAUUCUUUUUGUCUUGGUUUUCUUCACAUAAGAAACAAAAGAAAGUUGCAGAGUCAUAUCCUUCGAUUUCCAUGGGGUGCACAAAAAUGGGAUUAGCUGAUGACCGAUGCAGUCAUAGAUUUGUUAACGUGCUGGAAAAUAUAAAUCACUGUCGAGUUGCUGUGGUUAUAUUUCAGGAAGAACUAUGGCUGUAUUCUGUUAAGAAUGGUGGUUGUAUUUUAUGGACAUUGCUAGCUCCAAUUUUUGUAUCAACCUUAUGAUCUUAAAAAACAGCUGUUAACGUUUAGAUUUCCUUUUGUAAUCCAAUCAUGACCUGAUCA